GAAUGACCAAAUUGGCGUUGAGGGACAGACCAUCUCCAUCUGUCUUCGUCUCCAAACAACCCCCGAUUUUCUCCGUUCAACAUAACAAACUACAACUCCGAAUCAGAUUUCGAUAGAUCGAGUUUCUCUGUUGUUCCGAGACUAUAUGGAUGUUCCAACCUCAUGGGACGCUUUGCGGAAGCAGGCGAGGAAACUUGAAGCUCAGUUAGAUGAGCAGAUAGUUUCCUAUCGUAGAUUGGUUUCCACAAAGGUCUCCACAAAAGUCGAUACUGCUGAGAAUGAUCUGGAGUCUGGGAUAGACCGGCUACUAAAACAACUUCAACAAGUCAAUGAACAAAUGCAAGCUUGGGUUGCAUCAGGUGGCUCGGAAAUGGUUUCUCAUACCUUGACUCGGCAUCAAGAAAUUCUUCAGGAUCUGACACAGGAAUUUUAUAGACUCCGCUCAAGCCUCAGAGCUAAGAAGGAACAUGCUUCUCUUCUUGAAGAUUUUAGGGAGUUUGAUCGUACAAGACUAGACUUGGAAGAUGGUGUUGGUUCAGAACAGCAAGGUCUUCUGAAAGAACAUGCAUCCAUUAGCCGGAGUACAGGACAGGUGGAUACUGUGAUAUCCCAAGCUCACGCAACACUUGGCACACUUGUACUUCAACGUUCAACAUUUGGGGGCAUAAAUUCAAAGCUUAGCAAUGUUAGCAGCCGCCUCCCAACGGUAAAUCAAAUUCUCUCAGCAAUAAAGAGGAAAAAAUCUAUGGAUACAAUCAUACUUUCCCUCGUUGCGUCCGUGUGCACAUUUCUCAUCUUCAUAUACUGGUUGACAAAGUAAGGAUUUGAUUUUGUCUGCCUGCAGAUGAUUAGCUGAAGUUACCGUUAUCCUUAUUGUUACGCAUGUUGGUGCAUUCGGAGGGAGGGGAUGGGCUGUGUUAUAAUUUUGCGAGUGUAUGGUGGCACAUUCUUAGUAGGUGGUUCAUAAUCUUUUUCCGCUGAAAUCCCUUGUAAAGGUCCACACAAAUUCACAUUAGGCACAUACUUUGUAUCAUUCAUGAGGGAGACCAAAAGAAAGAUAUUGAUCUCACUGCUCUGAGUCCUGUGAGUGAAUACCAAGUAAUUGUUGGUUUUGAACUGCUCAAUUCGCUGCUUAACAGUUUUGCUAGCAUAAAAGAGAGAUGAAAUUUAGAGUCCUGUUUUGACAUUAAAUGAUUUGGGAAGUUUUAUUUGUAGUCAUAUCAAUCUAUGCAA